AUGAACAUAUUAACCUUUUUACAGCAUCGUGUCUUCUAGAUACUGUUUAUAACUUUGAAAGUUUUGGUUUUGGAGGAUUAAUACAAAAUGAAUAAUUCAUCUAGUAUACUUCUGUUUUCACUGUCUGGCUUUAGUGCAACAGUCAACUACAGAGUUACACUUUUCUCUCUCACUUUACUAUGUUAUUGUGCAAUUUUUGUGGUAAAUGUGUCUCUGAUUUUAACCAUAAUAUUGGAUCAAAACUUACAUGAACCUAUGUACAUUUGUUUGUGUAAUCUGUGUAUCAAUGGACUUUAUGGAACUGCAGGCUUUUAUCCCAAAUUUGCUUCUGAUCUUUUUUCUGAUAUUCAUGUAAUAUCAUAUGCAGGAUGCCUUUUGCAAAUCUAUGUCAUAUACUCCUAUGCAAUGGUUGACACCUCCGUUUUAGCUCUUAUGGCCUAUGACAGAUAUGUGGCCAUAUGUCGACCACUAGAGUAUCACUCUGUAAUGUCUGUGCGAAGGACUGCUGUGUUAGUUGGUUUGUCCUGGCUUGUACCUUUGUGCAUAGAAGUCUUGAUGGUAUCUAUGGCAUCUGAAUUGAAGUUAUGUGGCUCCCACAUACAGAAACUCUAUUGUGACUGGUCAAUUAUUGAACUUGCUUGUGGUUCAACGGCAGCAAAUGACAUAGUUGGAUUGAUUGUCACCUCUUUUUAUUGUGGCCAUGUUCUCUUCAUUGUGUGUUCAUAUAUGCAGUUGGUAAAAUCAGCUUUAAAAUCCAGAGAGGGCAGGAGAAAGUUUACACAAACAUGUGUGCCACAUUUGUUAUGUCUGCUAAAUGUCACAGCUGCUUUGCUUUUUAACAUUAUGUAUGCUAGAUAUGGAUCAACAUCUGUGCCACAGAGUGUAAAGAACUUCAUGGCCAUACAAUUUCUCAUAAUUCCACCUGUUCUCAGCCCUAUUAUUUAUGGACUGAUACUGACUAAAAUUCGAAGUAGAAUGAUGAUGUGUAUGAUGGCAGGUCAAAGGUUUAAAUUGAGACUCCAGGUUUCAUUUGUCAGCAACUAAAUAUCACUCUAUAAAAACUAAGCACAUAGUUGUUCUGUGCUUCUCCAGACUUGCAGCUUUGCUGUCAGGCUGUUGUGAUAAUGAUCUCUAAGCUGUUAUGUUGCUCUCUCAUUGAAAAACUGCCGUGAAAAGUGGUGAACUGUCCCACAAUUGACAAUAUUACUGUAUUUAUCAUUAUAUUUUUCUGUUCUGAGAUUGCUGACUUGUUUGUAUGAGCAGAUUGUUAAAUCAGAUUUAAAAUCCAGAGAGAGCAGGAGGAUGUUUUUAAAGAAAUGUUUUCCACAUUCAUAAUAUCUGCUUAUUGUCUCAAUUGCUUUUUAAUGUUAUGUACCCUAGAUGUGGAUCAAGAAGUGUCAUGAUUCCAAAUAUUUUUAACCCUCUUAGUUAGGACUAAGCACAUGGUGUGUGCUUCUCCAGACUUGUACCUUUGCUGUCAGGUUGUUGUGAUGAUAAUGAUCUCUAAGCUGUUAUGAUGCUCUCUCAUUGAAAAACCCAACACAAUUGACAAUAUUGUUGGAUUUAUCAUUAUAUUUUUCUGUUUUGAGAUUGACCUUUUCUUUUUGUGUUUGUAUGAGCAGAUUAUUAAAUCAGAUGUAAAAUCCAGAGAAGGCAUUCAUGCUUUUGAUUGUAUAAAAUAAAAAAAUAAGAAUAUAAG